ACCUGUAUAAAAAGUCCUUGGCAGGGCUGCGGGAGCGAAGGGGUUAAUGCUCCCACUUUGGACAAGUUUUGUUCCUCUCGCCACGCCCCUUCGCAGGCUUCUCAGGCACCGGAUUGGCCAUUCCUCGCGGCGCUAGUCGGACCGCGCUCUGAUUGGUGGAGCUGCGAGAGCGAGGCGCUGCGAUUGGCUGGCGGGCUCUUCCGGGAGAGGCAGCUGGGAGAGAUGCAGAGAGAUCCUUUCAGAGUUGGAAGAAUGGCUGCGGUGGCUGGGAUGCUGCUGUUGUUGGCAAUGGCGCGGUGGAGCGGAGCCCUGGAGAACGGCCUGGCCCGCACGCCGCCCAUGGGCUGGCUGCACUGGGAGCGCUUCCUCUGCCAGACCGACUGCGGGCAGGAGCCGCUCCAGUGCAUCAGCGAGCAGUUGUUUAUGCAGAUGGCGGAUCUGAUGGUGUCUGACGGGUGGAAAGACGUUGGCUACGAAUACCUGUGCAUUGACGACUGCUGGAUGGCCCCCACCCGCGACGAGCAGGGCAGGGUGCAGCCCGACCCAAAGCGCUUUCCCAGUGGGAUCGGCAAACUGGCCGACUAUGUCCAUUCCAAAGGGCUGAAGCUGGGCAUCUACGCAGACGUUGGGAACAAGACCUGCGCUGGUUUCCCUGGCAGUUUUGGCUCCUACCAGCUGGACGCAGACACCUUUGCCAACUGGGGGGUCGAUUUGCUGAAAUUCGAUGGCUGCUCCUUUGGCAACUUGGAGCUCCUGGCAGAAGGAUAUAAAACCAUGUCUCAGGCUUUGAACAAAACCGGGAGAAACAUUGUCUACUCGUGCGAGUGGCCACUGUAUGAGAGACCGAUGCAGGAGCCCAACUACACAGAGAUCAAACAGUACUGCAAUUACUGGCGGAAUUAUGCCGACAUCUACGAUGCCUGGAACAGCAUCAAAAAUGUCUUGGACUGGACGUCUUACCAUCAGGACAGCCUUGUGGACGUUGCUGGACCAGGAGGUUGGAAUGACCCAGAUAUGCUGGUGAUUGGGGACUUUGGGCUGAGCUGGGACCAGCAGGUGACCCAAAUGGCGCUCUGGGCCAUCAUGGCUGCCCCCCUGCUCAUGUCCAAUGACUUGCGCCGGAUGAGCCCGCAGGCCAAAGCCCUGCUCCAGAACAAGGAUGUGAUCGCCAUCAACCAGGAUCCACUGGGCAAGCAAGGAUACCGGAUUACAAAGGACAACUUCUUUGAACUGUGGGAGCGGCCCCUCUCCGGAGGCGCCUUUGCCAUCGCAGUGGUGAACCGUCAGGAGAUGGGGGGCCCGCAGGCCUUUGCCUUCUCCACCGCCAUCCUUGGGAACGGCUUGGCUUGCAACCCCACCUGCUCCGUCCAGCAGAUCCUCCCCAAGAGCAGAGACUGGGGCCUGCACAACUUGGUCUCAUUCCUGAAGGUGGUGGUGAACCCGACUGGCACCGUGCUGCUGCGGACGGUGGUGAAUAAGGAGGAACUUAAUGUUCGACCAGGGAAAUAGGCACUCCCAGGACAUCUUAUAAGGUGCCCUAAAAUCCAAGAAACUUUGGUAUACUGUCUCCUUACUUCCCCCUUUCUAACUUUUGGCAUCUAAAUCUCAAGGAGAAAACUUAUCUUUCUAAUCUGGAUUCCAUAGCAACAAACUGGGGUACUUUAAUUGUGCUUUCCCUGCAUGGCAGGGGAUUGGACUAGAUGACCCAUGUGGUCUCUUCCAACUCUAUGAAACUUUCUGGGCAAAGGGAGCCCCAGAAACCAGUCCCAGGAAAGAUAUCUUGAAAACCUCCCAGAGAUCUUUGUUUCUACCUCAUUGGAAGAAUGUGGGAAAAUAAAUGCAGAUUUUGCCAAAGAUCCCUAGGCAGGCCUGUAUUCUUCCACUAGCUUGAUAUACUAGAGGUAGGUACACGUCAGGCUGGGCAUUGUACCAAAAAUGUAGCAAGAUACAAACUUGUAAGGCAGCUCCUUGAACAGGAGUCAUGCCCAGUAAAGAUAACCACUUAUUCUAAGGGUUUUUGAGGGUUGAUUUUGAGUUUGGUUUCUCCCAAGACAGAGAAGAACAAGCCUGAAUUACUUCCAACAGGAUCUACAGAGCAGCCUUCUCUUCUAGCUAAUGGCUGGAGCUUAAUCGUUAUUUUAAACUUCCCAGCCAUUUAGAACAUAACCAUAGGUGCCUGGCUGCUUGGGGCCAAUUUUGACUGCGUGGGGGGGGG